AACAAGAAGGUCAACGUCCUAAACGCCAUCGCCAUGACUCAUUUGAAAACCUUACUUAACUCCGAAUUUGAGACUCCAAAUCUAAGAAGAAAAGAAGAAAACUGUGUUCGAUGGCUCUUCGAUCUCGCAUCAGCUCAGGUUUAUCGGAGACUAGAUUCAACAGCCGAAGGCUUUGCACAUGGGAUGUCCCUUCUUUUGAACCAACACCUAGGCCCGCUGUUAUUGAGUUAGCUCGAGAUUUUGUCAACGAUCGGGACCCACGUAAAGAGAAGCAGACCACCGAAGGUGCUGAGGAGGUUCCGCAACACCGGAGGUUUCUCAAGUACGGCCUUAUUGGGGCUCUCACGGGGGCUACUGCUGCUGUUGGAUAUGUCACCAAUGCUUAUACUUCAGAAGAAAUUGAUCACAAGACAAAAUCAUUCCGCGAAUCUGUAAACUAUAAAGUUGGAGAUGAUGCAUUGCCUAUUGAUAAAUGUAAGGGUUUUCUGUACUCAGGUGUCUUGACAGUUCCUGCUAAAACGAUUGAACUUUAUUUGCAUCUAAGGACGGUGGCAGAAGAACAGAUUAAACGUUAUACGGGACCAACCUCAGACAAGCUUCUUCCAGACUUGCAUCCAUCAGAGCAACAUGUCUUCACACUGGUUCUAGAUCUUAAUGAGACACUUCUUCAUACUGAUUGGAAUGAUGUUGCAUUUAAACAAGUGUUUGCAAUUCCAUGUUAUGAUAUCAACUGUUUAUUUCUUUUUUGCGGUGGGGGUUGGGGGGCGGGGGGGUUGCAGUAUGUUGGUCCAGUUUGUGAUAAGUUGGAUCCAAACAAAUACAUUCGUCAUCGGCUUACGAGGGAAGCUACCAACUAUGUUAAUGGCAAGUUUUGUAGGGAUCUGUCGAAGCUCAAUAGGGAUCCGGCAAAAAUCCUUUAUGUGAGUGGGUAUGCAUUUGAUAAUAGCCUUCAGCGAGAAAACUGUGUACCAAUCAAGCCAUUUAAGCUCGACUUUGAUGACACAGCUCUUUUGGACCUUAUUCCAUUUCUUGAAUAUGUUGCUCGUAAUAGUCCUGCUGAUAUCAGGACUGUGCUAUCAUCUUAUGAAAGAAAUGAUAUUGCAAAGGAGUUCCUCGAGCGCUCCAAAGAGUAUCAUAGACGAAUGCAAGAAGAGAAGAGGCAUAAACGGUUCUGGAAACGAUGAAGACCGGAUUUUGUACGGUUGAUGGAAGGCGAAGCAGAUGAAUACAACAUACAUCAUACGACAUAUGCUUUGCAAGUCAAAACCAUUUCUGGUACAAGUGAAGGAACAAAUAAGUUGAGCAUGUGUGUUUAAUUAAACAGUAAUUAGUUUUCGGUUUAUUGAAAAUAAAUAAUUAACGUAAUUAUAUUAAAUAUUCUUAUUCUAUUUUUUUUUUCCCUUAAAUUUUUGAAAUAGAUUA